UUCAAGAUUAACAGAGAAAACUUUUUUUAAGAAAGCUUGCAAGUUGCAACAACAAUUGUUAUAUGUACUUUUUUCAAUGUUAAACUCACAAGAAUUGCUAAACAUUUUAUAAUCUGGUUGAUUGACGAUUUGUGUUUAAUCUAAAAAACUCGGAAAACACUCCUUUUCAAUUCAUACUCCGGCCUCCAGACUCCAAAGACAAAGAUGAACCCAAAAUGAAUGAGAAAGCCACCAAAAAUGGGGGAUGAUCUACAACACUCAUUGCUGCUGCAUCUGAAUCCCAACAAUACAAUUGUUCAUUCAGGAGAUGAUUUAGAGGCUAAAAUCAAUCUGAUUGGAACACAGAAGACAUGGGAAGAAUUCAAGAAAGUAUGGAGAAUAGCAGGGCCAUCCAUUUUUUGCCGUGUUGCAAUGUUCUCUCUUACUAUCAUCACUCAAUCUUUGGCUGGUCAUUUGAGUGACCUUGACCUUGCCGCUUUCUCCAUUGCCACUACCCUUCUCAUUUCCAUUAGCUUUGGCUUUUUGAUUGGAAUGGCAACUGCAUUGGAAACAUUAUGUGGGCAAGCAUAUGGUGCUAGACAAUACCACAUGUUAGGCAUCUACAUGCAGCGUUCAUGCGUGGUUCUCUUUUGUUGCGCAAUUCUUUUGCUUCCCAUGUUCAUAUUUGCCGCACCUUUAUUGCAGAUCCUAGGCCAAUCAGCCGAAGUGGCUGAAAGAACUGGCUUAGUAGCGAGAUGGUUGAUCCCCAUGCACCUAAGCUUUGUAUUUCAGUUUUCACUCCAGAGGUUUUUACAAAGCCAACUAAAAAUGGCCAUCAUUGCUUGGUCUUCUGCUGUAGCGUUAGCAGUACAUGCCGUUAUCAGCUGGUUUUUUGUGUAUAAGCUUGGUGUUGGUAUAGUAGGAACUGCCCUUACUCUUGAUUUCUCGUGGUGGUUCUCUGUAUUUAUACUGUGUGGAUACAUUUUUUACGGUGGGUGUCCUUUAACAUGGAAUGGUUUGUCAUCGAAAGCCUUUACUGAAUUGUGGGACUUCUUCAAGCUUGCUUUGGCUUCUGGUGUGAUGGUCUUAUUGGAGAAUGUCUAUUACCGCUUCCUAGUUAUAGCAUCUGGGGGUGCUGGAAGCUCACAUGUUGCUGUUGAUGCUCUCUCCAUAUGUGUAACGCUGUUUGGCUGGGAGUCCAUGGUUCCACUUGGAAUCCUUGCUGCCACUGGCGUGCGAGUAGCCAUAGAGCUGGGAGCAGGAAAUGUCAACAACGCCAAGUUUGCUGCUAAAGUGUGCAUGCUGACAUCGUUAGUCAUCGGAUUGAUAUUUUUCUCACUAGUCGUAGCCAUCCCUGACAGAUUGGCAAUGAUUUUCACUCCGAACUUGUCUGUGAUCUCCGGUGUCCAUGAGCUAGCAGUUCUACUGGGAUCCACUAUUCUCUUAAAUAGCGUUCCUCCAGUCAUCUUAGGCAUAGCAGUCGGAUCUGGCUGGCAAGUAUUGGCAGCAUAUAUAAAUAUCGGAAGCUAUUACUUGGUGGGCGUCCCUCUUGGGAUUUUUAUUGGGCUUGUAUUAAAGUUUGGAUACAUGGGAAUCUGGGUUGGAAUGCUCGGUGGAAGUCUGACACAGAUAAUGCUGCUGGCUGCCGUCGCAAGCAAACUUGAAUGGGAAAAGGAGGUUUUGAAAGCUCGUGGCAAGCAAUUUAUGAUGAAUAAAGCUUUAGAUGACUAAACAAGAAAUCUUCACAAUUUGCCUUAUUGACUAAAAAAACAUGAAUUUGAUUAUUUACAAAGGUCAGAUUUAACAAAGGAUUUUAUGAUAGUCUUUUCUUUGUCCACUUUGUAAGGAGGAAACUGUGAAAUUACUGCAGAAAACAAUCAAUUUUGCUGGAUGAAGUGUACAAUUUCUUUGCUCAAAUUAGCGACCUUUCUUUAUAUCGUUCUUCAUUUGCUCUUUUGAUUUGCUAUGUCAUUCGUGCAGUACGUGUGUGAAUACUCUUAAUGUUUACUAUAAAUUUCUGUUGCAGUUGUUCAAUAUGAAGCAC